GAGUGAAAUUCAAAACUGUUGUUAGACGACUGAGACAUUUAAAAAGUUAUUUUAGAAUCAAGGACAUCAAAUUUUGGGAAAAAAGAUGAGUUGAGGAUUGUCAAAGUGUAAAUUUUGAAGAUUCCAACUUCACUCUCUCCAUUGAUUGUUUGAUAAUAAUCAAGGAAUGUUCAAAAAAUCAUUUUUAAGAUUAACUUUAAGUUGAUUGGCUUGAGAAAUAUUUAAAUAAUUGUUAUCAUUCAUAAAGAAUCUAAAAGCCCGCAAUCGUAAAAAUACUCACCAAUACCUACGUGGAAAAAAAUUCUCAGUGCAGCUGAUUCAAAACGUAAACAAACUCUUAUCAGUCGUUCGACAGCCUCCCCAUCGUUGCCACCCACACAUCUUUAAAAGGCUGACGCAACGUGUUAGGAGGUAUUUCCCAGGUGAUCGUUCGCGUAAAAUCUUCUACUCUAUACCCAUUCACCCUUUAGCUGAUGCUUACAUUUUACAAGUUUGACAUUGUAUUGAGUCGAUUAAAACACUGGUUGAACUUCAGUCGUCAUACUAUGGGCGGUUUACAAUUCACGUAACGAUAUCGCCAUUAGGAUAUACGCUGUCGAGGCGCGGAAUCCCAAACAGACAGAAAAUCCCCUUCGACUAGCGUAACCAACCAGUUUAAGUGAUUCAUAUUACCGGCUGCUGUAUCAGAAAGGUAAUUCUAGUUUCACAGAAUCAUUCGCAAUGCAGUAGCGGGUCAGAACGGAGCCUAAAUCACACUUAUCUGCUAAUCGAACGAACAACAAAAUCAAAGAUUUAACUGAGCCAUACUUACGGUGCCAAAACUUUGAGAAGGAUGAGCAAAUUGUUGCGUUUUGCGGUGCUUCGGGUCAACGGAAACAGCUUUAAUCGGACGCUCAGUUCCAAGGCAACCCCGGUUCAGCUUGACCCGCCAUCGACUGCGACGAAACGCAUAUGGCAGCUCCUGUUCGGAAAGUACCUUCUCGUGACCAAUACCAUCAGUUCGGGGCUGCUGAUGGCGGUCGGUGAUAUUGCCGCUCAGGAAAUCGAACAGCGGCGACACGGAACCGAGGACCAGCCUUACAACUGGGUGCGAUUAGGUCAAAUGACGCUGAUUGGAUUCGCGCAGGGUCCCAUGCAUCACUUCCUCUACAAAUGGAUGGAUCGAUUCCUGCCAAAGUCCGACACCCGAACAGUAUUCAAAAAAAUUGGCAUCGACCAGUUUGUGUAUUCGCCUAUUUUCAUUGUCAGCUAUCUGUACAGUGCCGGCCUUCUUGAAGGAAACAGCAUACAGGAAUGCACCGACGAGCUGACGGAUAAAUUCAGCACCAUCUACACCGCCGACUGGAUGGUGUGGCCACCGACGCAGUUUAUCAACUUCUAUCUCAUUAGUCCCAAGUAUCGAGUAUUGUACAUUAACGCCAUCACGACGCUCUACAACGUGUUCAUCUGUUAUGUCAAGCACAAUGACGAUCUGCGGAUAGCACCAACUUUGGGAAAGAAACAGUAGACGAACAUAUAGGAAAACUAAAGGACAAACCUGAAAUUGUAUGUAGAAAUUUGGAAAAUUAGCUGAUAGUUAUGUGUACGCAUAAGAGAAGCAGUGUAUAUACAUAUAUGCCAAACAUUGGAGAAACAACAAGUAUUUAAUAAUUUAUUGAAAAAAAGUGCUGAAGUCACUAGGGAUAAUGAAACAUGUUUAAAACAUGUUUUCUUAAAAAAGAUAAACCAUUCACACACAGGACGCUUGUUUAACAUUCGCUCCCCUAAUGGUUUUUCUUUUGGUUCUCGUCAUAAGUAGCCGAAAUGAUUGAUGUUUCAAAAAAGGUAAUACUUUAUUGCUUGCAUAUCCUUGUGAUAUUACCUACUGUGUUGGCGUUCGAAAUCUUUGCUUAAUUAUUUUUCGUUGUUGUCUUCUUGCAUAACCUUCGUUUUGGACCAUAAAUUUUAAUCUUAUAGACUAGAUAUGUAAGUUUUUGUUGUUGUUAUUAUUGUGAUUAUCAUUUUCAGAACCAUCCGAACGUGGUUGGAAUGUUUCUAUGGCAAGUAGAGACUAUUUGUUCACAAAGUAAUAAACAUAGUAGCUUAAUAAAUGGAAAGCU